GCGAUACAAUUUUAGUUUUUCAAUACAUUGUUUGGCGGCCUCCGCUAGAAUUGUCAACCUAGCGAUAUCCUAGUCUCCUAGAGCCGUACCGUACUGUGGCAGAAUAACCAACUGAAGUGAAGCCGUAUCCCAGGUCAAUCCGGAGAAAGGUCGUUGGACAUGGUGGGAGAUAAGAACUCCCCAAGACUCGGUAAUACCUUUUAACGACCUGGUGAGAGGGCCCUUCGAGCUGACAUGUGACUCCAGAAAUGGCCAAUUUAUUUCGCCACGGCCUUUUCAAUUGCUUCUUUGAUGAUGAGCCCAUUCUGAGGACCAGCGCUCUAAGAAUCCUCGGCUUGGUAGUGGACCAUUGGACCUCAGCAUGGCAAGAUUACCUUAGGACAUCAUCCGGUUCUUCCAUGUCGCCGAGAUUGACAAGACCACCACUGGCGAGACAGCAAAGCAAUGGCUCUGGAACAUCGCCGGCACCGCCUUCCUCCAAGAGUAUACUAAGACGGGAUUCCAGUUUCAAAAUGCACUUUGAGGACGUAUUCGGGGUAGACGGCGAUGAUUCAUCAGUAUUGGACCACUUCGGGAGGAAGGACUCGAUACACAACUCGUUCUUGCCCCUCACGCCCGAGAGGGACGAUGGUUGGGCGGCCUUGUCCGGAGAAUUCGCCGUAUCUCCAACAGAUACUUCCGGAAGCUUUGCUGAUGGGGCGGUCAGAUUCGGCAAUAAAUGGUUGGCCGAGCUCGAUUUUGCUAAUAGAGACCUCGCUUGGACUGGACGUCAGGUUGCAGAGGAAACCUGGGGCGUUGAGGAGAUGAAAACAAACCUAGAGAACUUUUAUAUAUGGCUAUUGAGGUUCUCAAUCGAUUGUCCCUUCAAGGAUGUUAGGAAAGGAUGCAGGGCGAUCCUGCAGCGAGCAGAGGUACACUCUUAUCAUUCCAUCCUUGCUAGUUAUCAUUAGUCGCUUCCCCCCCACCGAUAACUUAAUACACGGUCGUUUUGAAACUGAUGGUUAUUGUAAUAGAAAGCCGGUGCACGCUUGCCGGAAGUUCCUGUCCGUGGUCCCUCCUUCUUCAUUCCGUUAAAUGAAACUAUUGGACUGAACUUUGACCCCUGGACCCCUGCAACCCCAAACCCCAAGUCUCCAACACCUUCCGACAUUCCAUCCGAGGAUGAAGAAGAUUGCAUCUCGUUCUCUCCCAGAGAGUCUAACGGAAACUUGAGCUCUGCUUCUGGAAUAAUGAUUCCCGAUCCAAACAAGGGCUCGGCAAACGGAGAGCGUCCCCGUUCGACAUCACGUGGUAGAACUCCGAUCGGCUCUUUUGGUAGAGGUAACCGUCGGACUACCGUCUCAAUGGUCUCCUCACUCUUCCAAACUCCGCCAUCCCCACCGAACGGCGUCGGCGCGUCCUACAAAGUCAAGAGGCGCCAAGCACGUCGACCAAUACCCAAAUACUUACCUAAGCCCAAGCCACCAAGUGAAGAAGUUAGGGCUCUUCAGGUUAACGCGUAUAUGCGUACUGGGAGGGUUGGAAACCUCAACAAGAUACUCUUUUUCUUUCCCCAGUUUGCCGAAAUCAAUAGAGAGACUACGGAUCUGUUCCUCUCCGACGAUUCCGGGAAUGGGCCAUUGCCCCAGAAGUGGAGGAUAUACCUAGGAAUCAUCUCGUCGGCAGAGAGAAAGUGCCAAUACUACCUUUCUCUACUUUCGGAGAAAUUUCUCACAGUGCGAGGCGAUAGACAAUGGCUCAAGGGUCUUCAAUACACGCCCCGCAAAUUACAGAGGAUUUCCAAGCUAAAUAUGCUACUAGCACACAGACCCUGGACCAUCACUCCAGACGACAUCAAGGAGCUGGUUCGGGGAGAAGAGGGUAGUAAUAUGGACCCGGAGCAAAGGUGGACCAUGGCGGAAGUUGUACAGGCGAUAUGUAUUAUGAGCUUCUACCACUCUAAAUCAGCAAUGGCCCUAGCUUGGGCAAUUCUUCCGGAGGCAGACUUACUGGGAGGAACAGUGAAAACCAUGGAAAAGUGUACGCCCGUGGCCCCCUUCGGAAGUUUCGCUACUACUUCAAUAUCUGCCGAGCCAAGUGAGAAUUCCGCGCUUGUAAAACGGGAUGAAGAGCCUGGCAAGUCUGGGGUUUGUAGGAAGCGCCAGCAGCAAGCGGCGGAGGGUCAGGAGCCCGUGGAAUUGCCUGGGAAAUGGAGGAAAACUCCCAAUGGAGGAGUACCAUUUAUAUCGGAUCCAGCCAACAUGACGAGUCCACUGCUCUCAUCAGAGCCUGUGGAUGUGCCUACUGCCCCACUUAGGAAGGCACAGUCGACAUUAGGAACUGCGGAGGAGAUGGAGAGGCAUCAUCGCCGCGCCAAGAGCCAGAAACGGAGGAAAUCGUUCGAGGAAUGCGCAGCUAGUGAUGAUGCUCCACCCCCAGCGACCGGCCUUGGCGGGUUUUCCCUAUCUGCUCCAAACAGUUAUGUCCCGAUUUCUAGUCUUUCCAACGGUAGACCGUUGCCAUCCCAGACGAGGGAUUUUCUCCUUUCUCCCUCCAGCUCCACCAGUUCUCUUUUCGAUACUAGCCUGCUCGGGGAUCAAGUCCCCGCCAACAUCAUCGUUGAAGAUUAUGCUCGGUUCCUACAUGCAGAGAGCCUGGACCAUGAAUACAAGGACUUCGAUCCAAAUUCGUACGAAUACGAAUUUUUACCCAUGGAAGAGUUUGAAUGGGAACGCAACGCCAGUAGCAUUAUCUCGGAUUAUCUCGAUGGCGUGGUUGAGCUGUUGGACCGAUACUUUAAGGAAGCCCAGGAGGCAGAUGGAGAAGAGGAUGUCCUUUUCAGUGCUGCUGUGGAAACAUUACCACCGAGAAAGAGACUGAAUGACGAGAUUUCCCCCGGUAGAGGCGACGACGGGUCAUCGAGAACUCCCGGUGACGGCGAGUUUUACGAUUUGGAUUCUAAUCACGAGCACAAUUUGUCUGAACGACACGAUCGUAUCGGCAGAUCCUUCAAUUCCCCUGGCCUGUCUGCCUCUUCUCCGCCCGGAUAUGACUUCUCCGCCCAGUCUUUUAAGGAGGCCGCCUGGUUUUAUAGUCUGAGGCUGUUGGGUAUCCAGAAGGAUGACUUUAGGUACAGCGAGAUUAAGGUUCUUUUAGAUAAAGGCGCUAGGCGGUAUCUUAAGAGGAUAUGCGCCCAGCCAGAUAUGGUCAGUUUAGCGGACUGGGCAGGGGUUGGUCAAGGAAUUGGUGGAUUGAAGUCCGAAGAAAAGUGUUUGCUCUCAUUACUUGCCUGUCAAGCGCAGUUUAUGGGAGAAAUGCUUUGGGGGAUAAGGGCCGUUAGUGAGUACAUUGGCUAGUAGCCAAUGAAAUAUGAGUUCUGCCCUAUGCCAAUCUUCCAUUGCCAUUUCAUUUAUACUUUCUAUAGCAUCAAGGUCGCUACUGUAGUGAUUUCCAUUUUUCCCCCUUUUUUCCUUUUGCCCUCUGCGAGUCACAUUGCGGUCGGCUUCACUUGGGGGGCACGGUUACCGGUGGUCUGUAAUUGGGAGCAUUUUCAUUACCACUCUUCUUUUGUGCGUUUUCUCACACCGUCUUUCCUUCAACAUGGAACAUUGCAUGUGUGGGAUUUUUACUCUUUAUUACGAAGUCAAUUUCGCGAGGGUAGUCAUCACGGGUUGGGGAGUGAUUGGGUUCUUUCAUGGGGGUCGGGAACCGGUGUUCAUAAGGGCUUGAUAUUUGUUUUCACUUCAUCUUCUCGUUAUCAUACCAGAAUCUGACUUAUGCCUGUUUCUUCAUUUUUAUUUUCUUCUACCACCUCAUUCUAUUCUAUCGUCUCCUAGUUCUCACUAUUUUAUUUUCAUGGGCUCUGUGGCUUGGCAGUUGCGAUUUGGGGUGGUUUGCAUUCUUCUUCCUCACAGAAAAUUUUCGCCUUUUGUGGGAAUAAAAUCAAAAGUUUUCUCCCUUA